AUAGAAGUCGAAAUUAGAGUAGAAUUAUUAAAGGGAAUCUAAUCCAGUAAAUAAACUAUAGUGAACUUUCCCUAUAAAGUAUUCUGAAAAAUGUACUGCCUUUGGUCCUUUACUCUUUGCAGCCUGCUAGAUCUAAGCAAGUGUGUCGGUAGCUCUCCUCUCGCCACUUCACUCUUCAGCUCCAGCCGCCACUACUGUCUCCAUCUCAAAACUGAACGAGAAUGCCGCUAAACAAGCCCAUGGCUGCAAUUUCUCCUUCUCUGGUUCCAUCUCUCUUGUUUGCUAGAAUAUCAGGCAUCUUAGUUGCAGCUCUGGUCCUCUCUUGGGCUCUUCUUUUCAAGUCCAGCUUCCUCCCUCACUCUCCCGUUUCCUCCCAAGAAGACCCCAUCUUGCUGUUCUUCACCCUUUGUUGAUGGUUAUCGGCUUCAUUCUCAUAAGUGGUGAAGCUAUAUUGGUACACAGAUGGUUGCCUGUUUCGAGGAAUUUGAAGAAAGGCGUGCAUUUGUGGCUUCAAGGGGUGGCUUUAGGCUGCGGGGUUUUUGGGAUUUGGACGAAGUUCCAUGGGCAACAAGGCAUUGUGGCUAAUUUCUUGAGCCUGCAUUCUUGGAUGGGUUUGAUCUGUAUCAGCUUGUUUGGGGCUCAGUGGUUAAUGGGUUUUCUAAGCUUUUGGCACCGGGGUGAGAUGCGGACGACGAGAGCAAAGGUGUUGCCAUGGCAUAUCUUCCUCGGUCUCUAUACCUAUGGCUUAGCGGUGAUUACAGCGGAAACCGGGCUGCUGGAGAAAUUGACGUUCUUGCAGAGCAGGAGGAAUGGAUCGAAACAUUGUCCGGAGUCCAUGAUUGUUAAUGGUUUAGGUCUGGGGCUAGUUCUCCUCUGUGGCAUUGUCAUAUUGACGGCAGUUUCGCCCAAAUACCAUGUUGUUCAAACCAAACUUGCGUAUUCAUCAGACACCAAGUAGUUGUCGUCUUCAUCCGAGAGAAAUGAAAUUAAUGAUUAGUGAUCCAGAAAAAGAGUAAGUCAUUCCUAGUGUGUAUGUUAUUUUGUAUAUAUUGUAAUGCAUGGUGAUUUGGGGAGGAACCUAUUGUGUAUU